AUGGAUUAUAGCUUCAGGAUCAGAAAAGGUCUGUAUCUUUUGUUCUUCCUCUCUUUGUCUGGAGUAUUGUGUGUCUCCAUUCGCUAUUCUUUGCCUGAAGAGAAGAAAAGUGGGUCUGUGGUGGCUAAUGUACUGAAAGAUUUGAAACUGGGACCAGGGGAGCUCUCUGCUCGCAGAGCCCAGCUGGUUUCCAAAAGCAGUAAGCAAUAUUUCCAGCUGGAUACCCACUCUGGAAAUCUGUUUGUAAAUGACAAAAUAGACAGAGAAGCUUUGUGUGGCAAGAUGGAUUCUUGCUUACUGUUGUCUGAGAUUGUGCUCCAAAACCCCAUAAAGAUCUACAAUAUUGAGAUUCAGAUAAAAGAUGUGAAUGACAAUUCUCCCAGAUUCUCUAAAAAGGAAUUUGAACUAGCAGUUCCUGAGAAUGUCCCUACAAAUACCAGAUUUCCUUUGGAAUCUGCCCAAGACAUGGACUUGGGUGAAAACAGUAUCCAGAACUACACACUGAGUCCCAAUGGGAAUUUCGGAUUGGAUGUACAAAGUACUGAGUUUGGAAGCAAAUAUGUGGAUCUUGUUCUCGAGACACCAUUAGACAGGGAGAAGGAGACUCAAUUAGGGCUAACUCUUACAGCUGUUGAUGGAGGGGUGCCACAGAGAACAGGGACAGUUCUAAUAAAGGUCAAUGUUCUGGACAUCAAUGACAACUUCCCUCAGUUUACACAAUCUGAAUAUAAAGUGAAGCUAAAAGAAAACAGUCCUCAUGGUACUGUGGUUUCUAAAGUGGAAGCCAGAGAUUUGGAUUUUGGGUCAAAUGCGCAGAUCACUUACUCAUUCCAUCGGGUACCGGAGAAUAUAGAACAUUUGUUCUACUUGCAUGACAGCACUGGAGAAAUCACUGUUUUGGGUCCAAUAGACUAUGAAAAAGAAACCAGCUAUCACAUCAACAUCAAAGCAACAGAUGGAGGGGGUCUUUCAGGCCACUGCAAGGUCCUGGUGGAAAUUGAGGAUGAGAACGACAAUGCACCUGAGAUAUCGGUCAUAUCCAUCACUAGCCCUUUAGCAGAAGACUCUCCCCUAGAUACAGUGGUUGUGCUCUUCAGUGUCAUAGACCGAGACUCUGGAGACAAUGGCAGGACCUCCUGCUCUGUGGAGAUGCACUUGCCCUUUCUGUUAAAAACCACUGUGAAUAAUUAUUAUCAACUGGUGAUUCAAAGUCCACUGGAUAGAGAGAAAGUUCCUGAGUAUAACAUCACCAUCACAGCUACUGAUCGAGGCUCUCUCAGGCUCACUACAAAAAGAACAAUUACAGUUUUAAUCUCAGACAUCAAUGACAACUCUCCAGUGUUUGAGAAGGCAAAGUAUGAAAUGCAGUUGUGGGAAAACAAUAUUCCGGGCCUGCUGAUGGGUUCGGUCCAUGCUGUUGACCGGGACAUGGAGCAGAAUUCCCAGGUGACCUAUUCUCUUGUGCCUGGAAAUGCCAGCGGUGCUCCUGUGGCCUCUUACGUGUCCAUCAACUCUGAGAAUGGGAAUCUUUACGUCCUGCGCUCUCUGGAUUAUGAGCAGAUCAAGGAAUUCCAAGUGACAGUGAGGGCUUCAGAUGGGGGUUCUCCUCCACUGAGCUCAGAGGUUGUUGUUCGUGUUGUUAUCCUGGAUGAAAACGAUAACGCUCCUUUCUUCCUCUACCCACUUCAGAACAGCAGCUCCCCCUGCAACGACCUGGUCCCCAAGUCUGUGGAGGCUGGUUACCUGGUGGCCAAGGUGGUAGCUGUGGAUGGGGAUUCGGGUCAGAACUCUUGGUUGUCCUAUGAAUUGCUGAAGGCCACCGACCCCGGCCUUUUCAGCAUAGGAGCUCAGAAUGGAGAAGUCAAAACCAGGAGGGCACUGGUGGAGCGAGAUGCAAACAAGCAGAGACUGAUUAUCCUGGUCAGAGACAAUGGCCAUCCUCCCCAGACCAGUACUGCUACACUGAAUAUACUUUCAGUGGAUGGCUUUUCAGAUCCUUAUUUGAAUAUUGCAAGUGUCAGUCAGGAAGGAAGAGAAGAAGAUGGCUCCUUGACUAUGUACCUUGUGGUCUGCUUGGCUGCAGUGUCCUUUGUAUUCCUCAUUUGCAUCAUUUUGUUUGUUGUCAUCAAAAUGCAGAAGAAGGAGUCUAGUUUUAUCACUGCCCUCCCUCAGUUCCCACCUCCCUUACCUGAGAUCCCAGAAACUGGUGUCGAUUCUCAUAGUGGGUCACUUUCUCGGACUUACCACUAUGAUGUUUGCUUAACCGGUGGAUCCUUAAGCAGCGAGUUCAGAUUCCUUAGGCCUCUCAUUCCUGUGUUUUCUAUGGGGGACCCAAACAUCUCUCAGAAUAUCAGGAUUUCUUCUGUUUCACAAGACACUCCUGACCAGAUGGAGGUCCAAGAUCAGAGAGAGCUGGUAAGUAAAUAG